GGCGUCAUCUUUCAUCUUUCACUGCUGCUGCUCUUCAGGGCCGUCGGAUCUUCACUCGCCUUCUCGUGUUAUAGCGUCUUAAAGCUCCCGGAUGACGCGGAGCCGAUCGUUUAAUAUAAUAGCGUAAUAUCCAAACAAACUAACAGGCCUUCGACGGAGCACCGUGAUGAAUUUCUCCCUCCGUCACACAGGCGGGCGGACCGAAGCUCCGCUGGAGCACCAUUAAUGUAUGUGUGUAAACAUAUAUAUAUGUGGAUCCAACCGAACCCGGAGCAGAUCAUGAACACGCCGCUGUGUCGCGUGCCGUGCUGAAAACGGCGCGAGUCUCGCGCUGCUGCUGCGGCUAGCCUUACAGGCCUAAAAAAAACGCUGACUCCAGUCUGAUUUCUACAGUCUUCAACAGCCGUGUGAGCUUUAAUAAGAUUCUCCAGCGGGGAGAGCAGAGGAUGGCCGGUCGCCUGAGCGCUGAGGAGGAGCAGGCCACAAAGCAGUUUUUGGAGGAAAUCAACAAAUGGACGUCCCAACAUGGUGUCUCGCCAUUGUCCUGGGACGUGGCCGUGAAGUUUCUGAUGGCCCGCAAGUUUGAUGUUCUGCGAGCAAUUGAGCUUUUUCACAGCUACAGAGAGACCCGUCUUAGGGAGGGCAUCGUCAAACUGCAGCCUCACGAGGAGCCGUUACGCUCUGAGCUGCUGAGUGGGAAGUUCACUGUGUUGGGUGUCCGGGACCCUUCUGGUGCAUCCAUUGCCCUCUACACGGCCAAACUGCACCAUCCCAGCAAAACGGGAAACCAUGUGGUUCUUCAGGCCCUGUUCUACCUACUGGACCGAGCUGUGGAGAGUUUUGAGACUCAGAGAAAUGGACUGGUUUUCAUUUAUGACAUGGCUGGAUCCAACUACACUAACUUUGAACUGGACCUCAGCAAAAAGAUCCUCAAUUUGCUGAAGGGUGCGUUCCCAGCACGGCUGAAGAAAGUGCUUAUCGUUGGAGCUCCUGUGUGGUUCAGGGUCCCGUAUAACCUUUUAAGUCUGUUACUGAAGGAGAAGCUCAGAGAACGGGUUCAGAUGGUGAAGAUGGCCGACCUGCGAGAACAUCUGCCCAGAGACUGUUUACCUGAGCACCUGGGCGGCUGUUUGCCUCUGGACGUGCACAGCUGGAACAUGCAGCUGCUGUCCGAGCAGAACGGGCGCGUGGACCCCGUGGAUGAGCUGGUGGGUAUUCCACUGGAGAACACGUCCAUACACAUCCCUGGACCUGAGGUCAUGAGUCUGGCCGAGCUCAUGGCCCACCUGAACCGGGCCCAGCGCAGCGGGAUCUACCUGGAGUACGAGGAGCUUCGCAGAGAGCAGCCACCUGGAACCUUCACCUGUGCGCUGGCUGCUCACAACCAGGAGAGGAAUCGCUAUGGUGAUGUGCUGUGUCUCGAUCAGACUCGUGUGCGACUCAAACCAAGGAGAAAUGAGAGAUCAGACUACAUAAAUGCCAGCUUCAUGGAUGGAUACAAACAGAAGAAUGCAUAUAUUGGGACCCAGGGUCCAUUGGAAAAAACCUAUGGUGAUUUCUGGAGAAUGGUUUGGGAGCAAAGUGUGCUGGUCAUCGUCAUGACAACAAGGACGGAUGAGGGGGGCCGGAGGAAGUGUGGACAGUACUGGCCCAAGGAAGAGGGUGGUCAGGAGGUGUACGGGCACAUCGCUGUGGUCAAUCACAGAGUGGACAAACAUGCACAUUACAACCAAACCACACUUGAGCUGCACAACACUGAGACAUUCGAACAGAGACAGGUGACUCAUUUUCAGUUCCUUAGCUGGCCUGAUUACGGGGUCCCAUCCUCCGCACUGUCUCUGAUUGACUUCCUGGGUGCUGUGAAACACCAGCAGCAGUGGGCAGUCCAGGCUUUCGGCUCACAGUGGAGGGGUCAUCCGCUCGGCCCCUCCAUGGUGGUCCACUGCAGCGCUGGCAUCGGCCGGACCGGUACUUUUUGUGCACUGGAUAUCUGCCUGUCCCAGCUGCAGGACGUAGGGACUCUUAACGUUUGCCAGACUGUUCGACGCAUGAGAGCGCAGCGUGCCUUCAGCAUUCAAACACCGGAGCAGUACUAUUUCUGCCACACCGCCAUCCUCGAGCAUGCCCAGAGACAGGGCUUACUUUCAGCCAAUAACUGAGCAGCAGGGCUCACUCAUAGCCAAUCAGAGACCGAAAAGGUCUAAUCUCAACCAAUCAGUAGGAGGCAAGGCCUCCUCUCAUCCAAUCAUAAGAAAGUACUAAAUCUUGAUUGAUCGGCAACUCUUAAACAGGAUAAUUCCCAAUUAAAAUCACUGGGUUUUUUAUUAAUCUGUUAUUAUCAAAAGACAAGCAGCUUAAAUAGUAACCAUAACUGACUCCGUAUGAAGAGGGUGUCUAAAUGUUCAGUGAUUCAGCUAUAGUGUAGUCUAUGUAAUGUUGUGCUGCAUUUUGUGCAGUUUAUUCUGUGAAUUUUGUCCAAAUUGGCGAAAUUCAUGUAUUUCACAUAAAGCUUCAAAUCAGCCGCGCUCAAAUGUC